GCGCUGCCGCCCGCAAUGGCGGCCGCCCGCCGGAAGAGGGAGGUUCGGCCCUUCCGCAAGAUGGCGGCGCCCAGGAGCGGCGUGGCAGGGGCGAAGAUGAAGCGGCCAGCGGCCGCCCGCGCUCGGCGGGGCGGGAAGUUGGCUCGGCUGCGGCAGUCGGUGCAAGACUUCGUGCAGGCAGCUGGCGACCAGCCGCAGCUGCCCCUGCUGAAGGACUCGGAGAGGCAGAACCGCAGGAGCCGCCGGGAAGCCAGGAAGGAGAAGCGCAGGCUCAAGCGGAGCCGCCGCCGCCGCCUCCAGCGCGGGGAGCCGGUGGAGGCUCCCGCCGCCCCGGCUAAGCCGGCUGCUGCCAAGGCCGCUCCGGCCAAGCCGGCUCCUGCCAAGCCCGCUCCGGCCAAGCCGGCUCCUGCCAAGCCCGCUCCGGCCAAGCCAGCUGCUGCCAAGCCCGCUCCGACCAAGCCGGCUCCGGACAAGCCCGCUCCGGCCAAGCCGGCUGCUGCCAAGCCCGCUCCGACCAAGCCGGCUCCUGCCCCCCGCCCUAGAGCCGCCACCUCGCCCGCCGCCGGGAAGAAGCGGCCGAAGCCGCCGGUCCCGGCGCCGACACCCCGCGCAGCUCCCGGCACUGGCUGGGCGCGGAAACGGGCCCUGCUGGAGGCCAACGAGGAGGAGGAGAAGGAGAUCCGGCGGCUGGAGCGGCGGCUGGGGCUGGGCAAACGCCGCAAGAAGCGGGAGGGGAGCGCGGAGGAGGAGAAGCUGCCACAGAGCUUCCUGCGGGACGGGCUGGGCUACGUGCUGGGCGCCCUGGGCUCCCGGGACGGGCUCAGCUGGCUGUGCGAGAGCAGCGACGAGGAGGAGAGCCCGGCACCCCGGGAGAGCCAGCCCGGACCCCGGGAGAGCCAGCCCGGACCCCGGGAGAGCCAGCCCGGACCCCGGGAGAGCCAGCCCGGGCCGGCGGAGGACGAGGAGGAGCAGGAAGAGGACGAGGAGGAGCAGGACGAUGCCUCAGACCCCUCCGAGGGGGGUGAUGUGGGAGGACAGUGGGAGAGCGAGAGCUCGGCCCCCGAGGACAGCGAGGAGCCUGAGGCCAGCGAGCACCCGGGAGAGGAGGAGGAGGAGAGUCAUAAUGACAAUGCUACGAAGUAUGUUCCCCCUCAUGUAAGAAAAGUUCAGGAGACACUAGAUGACAAGAAAAGAGAGGAAUUGAGAAGACUGAAGAAAAUGGUGAAUGGUCUCAUUAAUAGGCUGAGUGAACCGAAUUUGGCCUCCAUUAGUGGGCAGAUGGAAGAGCUCUACAUGUCCAACAGCAGGAAGGACAUGAAUGAAACUCUGACCGAUAUUCUCAUGAACGCCUGUGUGACCGCAGUUGCCAUGCCUGCGAGACUGAUGAUGGAGCAUGUCCUUUUGGUCAGCGUUCUUCAUCAUAACGUAGGAAUUGAGGUCGGCGCUCACUUUUUGGAAGCUGUGGUGAAGAAAUUUGAUGAACUCUGUAGAAGUGAUGUUGAAGGGAAAGAAUGUGAAAAUCUUCUUGCCUUGAUUGCUCAUUUGUAUAACUUCCAUGUGGUUCAUUCCCUGCUGAUCUUUGAUAUUCUGAAGAAGCUUGUUAGCGCUUUCACUGAGAAAGAGAUUGAGUUAAUUUUGUUCCUUCUGAAAAACGUGGGCUUUUCCUUAAGAAAAGAUGAUGCAUUGGCUUUGAAGGAACUGAUCACUGAAGCCCAGAAGAAAGCAAACACAGCAGACAAGAAACUCCAGGAUCAGACUAGGGUUCGUUUUAUGCUAGAGACGAUGUUGGCGCUAAGGAAUAAUGACAUGCGUAAGAUUCCUGGUUAUGAUCCUGAACCAGUUGAAAAACUCCGCAAAUUGCAAAGAACACUGGUUCACAGCAGCGGUUCUGGUAAAGAAACUCAGCUCCGCGUGUCCCUGGAAUCUCUCCUCAGCGCCGAUCGGGUUGGUCGCUGGUGGAUCGUAGGGUCGUCCUGGAGCGGAGCACCGAUGAUUAACGAGACAAACAGGAAUACUCAGCAAAACCUGCAGAUAGGAAAGGUGAGUGCAAAGAUAAUGGAGCUUGCUCGUAAGCAGAGGAUGAACACCGAUAUCAGGAGAAGUAUAUUUUGUGUCUUGAUGACAAGUGAAGACUUCAUGGAUGCCUUUGAAAAGCUUCUCAAGCUUGGACUGAAAGAUCAGCAGGAGAGAGAAAUUAUUCAUGUGAUCCUUUAUUGCUGCUUACAGGAGAAGACAUAUAACCCCUUCUAUGCGUUUUUGGCUAACAAGUUUUGUGAAUGUGAAAGACGAUUUCAGGUGACAUUUCAGUUCAGUAUUUGGGACAAAAUCAGAGAUUUAGAAAACCUGUCAGCCACCGCCAUCUCCAACUUGGUCUCACUGUUGGCUCACUUAAUAAGGACAAAAUCGUUGCCGCUUUCUGUCCUCAAGGUAAUUGAAUUCAGCGAACUAGAUAAACCCAAAGUCCGUUUCUUGCGCCAAGUAUUAAGUAUGCUAUUAAUCAAAGCAGAUGACGAAGAAAUUAGUGACAUUUUUGUGAGGGUAUCUGACAACCCCAAACUGGGAGUGCUACGGGAAGGCUUGAAACUCUUCCUGACCCACUUCUUACUGAAAAACGCACAAGCCCAAAAAAGUGCUGAAGAAUUUAGCUUAUUAAAAGAAAGAGUUGAACUGGCAACCAAGGCUUUGCAAGCAAAAGAGUCCAAAUUGAAACUAUAGUCCUGUUUUUUGAAUAAAACAUACGGAAAACCUAGGUCUGCAUGAAGAUGCAAAGCUUCGUUAGUCUUUCACACCCAAAUAAUUGAGAAUGAGGAGAGCGAUGUUAUUCCAAAGGAGCUAUUUUUUGAUGUAAACAGUUACUUUGCUCCACACACUCUUUGCAGGUUUGACUGAAGGCGAUUCAAAGCUUUCCUGUAGAAAGGGAAAAUAUUUUGGGUAAGUCCCUUUUUAGCACAGGUGUUUGUGUUGAUGGUUCGUAUCCAGGGAGGAGAAUGAAUUUCUGUUCUGUCAUACUCCCAGUCAGCCCUAGCCAGCAGGACAAGGGCAGUGAUCCUUCCCCUGUACUCUGCAUUGGUGAGGCCACAUCUGGAGUAUUGUGUUCAGUUCUGGGCCCCUCAGUUCAGGAAAGACAUUGAAGUGCUGGAGCGGGUCCAGAGAAGAGCAACACGACUGGUGAAGGGACUUGAACAUAAGACCUAUGGGGAGAGGCUGAGGGAGCUGGGGUUGUUUAGGCUGGAGAAGAGGAGGCUUAGAGGUGACCUCAUCACUCUCUAGAACUACCUGAAGGGCAGUUCUAGCCAGGUGGGGAUUGGUCUCUUCUCCCAGGCAGUCAGCAAUAGGACAAGGGGGCAUGGGCUUAAACUCUGCCAGGGGAAAUUUAGGCUGGAUAUUAUAAAGAAAUUCUUUACAGAGAGAGUGGUCAGGCAUUGGAAUGGCUGCCCAGGGAGGUGCUGGACUCGCCGUCCCUGGAGGUUUUUAAACUGAGAUUGGACAUGGCACUUAGUGCCAUGAUCUAGUAAGCGGACUAGAGUUGGACCAAGGGUUGGACUCGAUGAUCUCUGAGGUCUUUUCCAACCCAGUCGAUUCUGUGAUUCUGUGAUUCUGUAUUGCACAUUUUAACCUUUCAUUUAAAAUAAUUGUAGACUACCGACCGCUGGAUAUUAAAGAAACAGCGUUAAGGCUUUUAUAUGUAUUAAUACUUGCCUGAAGAAACAGGCCACUAGAUGGCACAAGUACUGGUGAGUCAGUUUGGGAAGAAAUGAACUUUUUUCUUAAAGUGUUGAAGUUAUCCACUAAUUCUAUGAAUUGUUUACCUGACUGUGGGUCAGGAAAAGAUCUUCAGUUGGAUUCAAAGUUGUAGCAAAGACCUGAAGAUCUGAUUUUUCCCAAUUAUAUUGGGUUUGAAAUUGCAGCAUAGUUAUAUUGCUCUUUGAGCAUGUUUUUCUCAGCUUUAAAAUUGAAGUUCUCUAACACUUGUAAUAAUCAGAUUUUUCUAGGCAUAAUAAACAAUAGCAGUGUCAGUCUCAAUAAGAUAAUACUUUUCUUAAGAAUUAGCUUCCAUUUUCCACUCAGAUGUUUAAAAAAAAUUGUACAUUCAUUUCCAUGAUGCUCAGUGCUGAGUGGUUUGUUUCUUUUGUCACCUUACCACUACACAUUAAACUGUGAUAUUUCUAAA